AUGGCUCAGCUUCAAGCUAAAGAAAAAGAAUUACUUGAAUUACAACGAGUUGAUCCAUGUUUAUUAGCACCUGACUAUGAUCAGAUUGAUAUGUUGGUUGAUGCAAUUGUUUCUCUUCAAUUGUCUACUCAAGAAGGAUCAUUUGUUUUUGCAGCGACUUCUCUUUCCAAUGAUGUAUCACCUUGUACAUACGUUUGUUCAACUGGUUUAAACUCAAUCAAAGCUCUUCCAUCUUCAGUUUGGCUUUCGCAAUCGAAUUCUGUCAAACAGAAAAAUGAACAACAAUCAUUCAUCUUUAGCCACCUUUUAUCGUUACCUAUCAAUACUUAUCUGGCAUCAUCGUCUCCAUUAUUUGGAGCAACAUCUAAAAUACAAAAUCGAUCAUCAAACCGUAUUCAUGUGGCUAAUCAUUUGCUCUUUAUGCCUAUUGAUACUUUCAAAGCAUCUUCUAAAAAUCUAAUACCAGCUAAAGUUCAAAAUAAUAAAACUAUGUAA